AUGUCUGAGGCGGCCCCUAAAUUCCAGUCUAUAAUAGAUUCUGACGCAUUUCGACGUUUAAGAUCUAUAGAUUCAGUCCCUAAUUAUAAGACCCUGUCAUGGAAUUCCAUAUUCGAUGCCUCUAAGGAGGAAUUGGAUAAUGUGAAGAAGGACAUCAUCAACAGUUAUGCAGUGGUUCAGAAGGAUGUCGCCGACGAGACCAAACAGAUGGAACUGUUGGAACAACAUUUGAAAAACUCUGUCAAGAAGGUUAACUAUAUAUAUUCCAGUACUUUGAAGACAAGGAAACAUAACCGAGGCUAUGAACAUUCUUCCAAAAUUCUCGAUAAACUAAUACAUGGUGUGGAUGCUCUUGAAAGAAACAUGGAGACAUUGACCAAGAAUAUGGACGAUAUCGUUGAGUGUCUUGUGAAGACUGACUCCAAAUUACCCACUCGUUCACAGCUGUUAUCCAUUGAUUCAUUGAAUCAAAGACAUUAUCCUUUAUUAUUUGAUAUGAUUAAAAGGAAAUAUCCAGAUAAUUUUGUCAAGAAAUCAACCAAAAAAUUAGUCAAAGGUGCUCAACUUGAUAAGGAAUCAAAAUCUGAAAUACCGAUAGUUUCGGGACCAGAAUUUCCUUUAACUCUUGCAUCUGAAGAUGAAGUCAGAGGCCAACAGGAAAACCAGAACUCUCAUAGCCCCUUUACGAAUGCAAAGUGUUCAUCAAAUGAGUUGAAAAGAUUGAAUUUUGUUCUUCCAUCAUUUAGACGAACAAGCUCACCAUCAAUCUUUGCCAACUCUGAAAAUGUAAACGCAACAGAGAUAAUAGCCAUGAAUAAAAUGUCUAUAGAUGAACUAAGAAGGGCCAAAACAUGA